GUUUUUGCUGACGCACCAGCGGGGCAGAAGUUUGGACUUUUCUCCCGUGUUUUCCCGUCUCCUGCUCAGCGGGGCGGUUUUCUGGAGCAUGUCUGGGCUUCCUCGCUUCCUCCGCUUUUCGCCCUCAAACUCGGAGCGGAUAUGGCGCAGAGGAAGCGCAGACAAGUGCGUCGGUUUGUCUUCCAGAGCGAACUUUCUGCGGCCCGGUGGAGCCGACCCGGACGGCAGAGGCGAGUCCAGGCGGUACAGCAGCUGCAAACCGGUCCGGAUCGGCUGCGCCUCCGGGUUCUGGGGGACACGGCCACGUCGGCCCCUCAGCUGAUCUACGGCGGGAAGCUGGACUUCCUGGUGUUCGACUACCUGAGUGAGAUCACCAUGUCCCUGCUCACCGCCGCCAGGACCAAGACACCUAACCUGGGUUACGCUCUGGACUUCGUCCAGGUGGCUCUGGCUCCGUUCAUCAACGACAUCCACAGGAAAGGUAUCCGUGUCGUCAGCAACGCGGGCGGAGUGAACCCGCUGGCCUGCGCUGAGGCCAUACAGGAAGUCAUCAAGAAGGCGGGGCUGGACCUGAAGGUCGCCGUGGUGACCGGUGAUGACCUCAUGCCCAGCAGGAGCCUCCUGUCUGAAGUAAAGAUGGCCGACGGCGGCGGCAGGCGGCCGCUGCCUAAAACGCUGCACAGCAUGAACGCCUACCUGGGGGCCGAGCCGAUCCGCCGCUGCCUGGACCUGGGAGCCAACGUUGUGGUGACGGGGCGCUGCGUGGACAGCGCCGUGGCUCUGGGACCGCUCCUGCACACGUUUGGUUGGAAGAAGGACGAUUACGAUUUGCUUGCAGCAGGAAGCCUUGCAGGUCAUCUGAUUGAGUGUGGAGCUCAGAGCACCGGAGGGAUCUUCACCGACUGGCACCAAGUUCCCGACUGGGACAACAUGGGCUUCCCGGUGGUCGAAUGUUCCUCCGACGGAUCCUUCGUUCUCUCCAAGCCUCCGAAAACCGGCGGCCUGGUCUCCUUCGGAACCGUCGCCGAGCAGCUGGUGUACGAGAUCGCCGACCCGCGGAGAUACCUGCUGCCCGACGUCAUCUGUGAUUUCAGCCAGGUGGCGAUCCAGGAACUGCCCGGUGUAGACGGAGGGGCCGUCAGAGUCACCGGCGCCAGAGGUUUGGCCCCCUCUCCUGACUACAAGGUGUGUGCCACCUACAUGGACGGGUUCAGAGCGACGGCGGUGUGUCCGGUGGGCGGGCCCAGAGCGGCGGAGAAGGCCCGGCGGACCGCGGACAGCAUCAUCAGACGAACCAGGAGGAUGUUUCGGCAGUUGGACCUGGAGGAUUUUCACUCGGUUAAUAUUCAGGUUCUUGGAGCUGAAGACACUUACGGCCCAAACGCUCGCAGAAAAGACUGCAGAGAGGCCGUGAUCUGGAUGGCCGUCCACCACCAGCAGAAGAAAGCUCUGGAGAUCUUCUCCAGGGAGGUGGCUCCCGCAGGAACAGGCAUGGCUCCUGGACUCACCGGCAUCGUGGGCGGACGACCCAGAGUGUCUCCAGUCCUGAAACCGAUUUCUUCUUGCAUCCCAAAGCCCAGAUAAAGGUGGACAUCCACGUUGCUGGACAACUGGUAGAGUCGCUUGUUGAAGCGGGACCGGACGCACCUGAGCAGCCGCAGGAUGAAGCUCCUCCCACCUCUGGUCAGGAUGAAG